AUGGCUUUGAUGAAAUCGAGUCAGAUCCCUAAAGAUGCCGUGGUGCUUACUGAAGUAGAGGCUGUGACUUAUAUUUGGGAAGUAGUGGACGAAUGGAACUCUAGUUCAGACACAUGGGCUCUUCGCUAUGCACCUGCAAUACUUGGGGCAAUUAAUGCCUUAAGUGGCGUUUUAGUAAAUACGCACUACCGCCGGAGACUGAAACUUGGAAAUUAUGGUUAUUUUUCAUCUGUAAUUCCUAUAUCUGUAAUACCUGGAGUUCUUACGGCAUUGUUCCAUAGGCAUACAGUAUCAACAAAUAUGCUGCUAAUGAAAAAUGACGGCUGCCCACUUUGUUACGAGACAAGGUCUGGUUUGGUGCAGGUCGCACUUGGUACAUUAUAUCCAAUGGUGCUUGGACCAACUGGAGCAUUACUGUUUGCCAACAGAUAUUUGACAUAUCGGGUGCCCGACCUACAAGAAGGUCCCAAGGUCCUUUUCAAUUUCUUGAAGGGACACACCAAACCGUUUACAGGAUCUUUGGCAUAUAUGGUACCACUGCAGUUGGCCGCUUCCUCCAUCCUAACAUACUUUGAAAUGAGAAACAAUAUUACAUUAAAAAGGAAAUUAGCAGAAAUAGAGCAGAAUAUAACUGAAAGU